GGCAGCGUAAUCUGAAUUUACAUCUCUCGCGGUGGCUUUUAAAAUCUCAAGGCCGAUUACAAAUCCAUUUUUUUUUUCUUCUUCUUUACUUUACACAAAAAAAAAACCACGAAUAUAAUAGUAUGGGUCUCUUAUCUCUCGGUACACCACUUCCUUGGAGCGAAGCUAAAAAAUAUGCCGACCAUGUCAGAAAGCACGGCAUUGUGCAGUUCCUCAAUAUUUACCAUAGCCAUAAGGACGUACAAAAGCAGCACUUGCUUUGGGGUGACGAGAUUGAAUAUAUUGUUGUAAAAUUUAAUGACGAAGAAAAGACCACCAAGUUAUCACUCCGUGCUUUUGAUAUUCUUGAAAUUUUGGAAAAGCCCGAACAUGAAUGGUUGGAAGGAAAGACAGAGGUUGUGCCUGAUGCUUUAUGGAGACCUGAAUAUGGUCGUUAUAUGAUUGAAGGUACUCCGGGAGUACCUUACGGCGCCACAUUCCGUGAUUUGAUUGCGGUCGAAGAUAACAUGAAACUUCGUCGUAAAAUGGCCCACGACGCCAUGAACCCCGAUGAAUACGCUGUUAGUUUGGUCAACUAUCCUCGUUUAGGUUGUCCCAAUGAAUUAUAUCCUGACCAUGAACCCAACGGAAAAGCUUGUCAAAGUAUGUUCGUUCCUGAUGAGAUUAUUAAUCCUCAUGCACGCUUCCCUACUCUCACUGCUAAUAUCCGUCGUCGUAGAGGAGCUAAAGUACAAAUCAAUAUGCCUAUCUAUCAUGAUGUAAAUACACCCAAGCCUUUUUACGAUCCCACUAUCCCUUGGGAUCGUGAUUUAUUCAAGCAUGACGUAGAAGCAAAGAACGGUGCUGCAUUACCGGAUCAUAUUUACAUGGAUGCAAUGGCAUUCGGUAUGGGUUGUUGUUGCUUACAAAUUACCUUCCAAGCAUGUAAUAUUGAUGAAGGCAGAAGAUUAUACGAUCAACUUGCACCCGUUGCACCUAUUAUGAUGGCCCUUUCUGCCAACUCUCCCAUAUAUCGUGGUUAUUUAGCUGAUGUGGACGCUAGAUGGAAUGUUAUUUCUUCAAGUGUUGACGAUAGAACUUUAGAGGAAAGAGGUUUGAAGCCUCUUGAAAAUGACCGUUUUGUUAUCAACAAGUCCCGAUAUGAUUCUAUUGAUUCUUACUUAUCCAACGACGCAACAUACAAGUCUAAAUACGAUGAUAUUGAUUUGGUAUAUGAUCAUGAUGUGUACGAUACAUUGACAAAGGAUGGUGUUGACGAUAAAUUGGCCAGACAUAUUGCUCAUCUUUUCAUCCGUGACCCUCUUGUUAUCUUCAAGGAACUUUUAGAUUUAGAUGAUCAAAAAUCUUCAGAUCAUUUCGAGAAUCUUCAAUCUACGAAUUGGCAAACAAUGCGUUUCAAGCCACCACCACCAAACUCGCCUAUCGGAUGGCGUGUAGAAUUUAGAAGUAUGGAGGUUCAGAUUUCCGAUUUCGAAAAUGCUGCUUAUUCUGUCUUUAUUGUCUUGUUAACCCGUGUCAUUCUCAGUUUCGGUCUUAACUUUUACAUGCCCAUUUCUAAGGUGGAUGCCAACAUGCAAACCGCCCAUAAACGUGACGCUGUCUUGAAUGAAAAAUUCUAUUUCCGUAAAAAUAUCUUCACUUCUCCUAAUGGUCAAUCUAGAACUCCUGUGGAUGAAGAGAAAGAGGAUGAAUGUGUUUUAAUGACUAUGAAUGAAAUCAUUAACGGAAAGGAAAAUGAAUUCCCUGGUCUCAUGCCUUUAAUAUACAGCUAUUUAAAUAGCACAAAUAUCGAUAUUGAAACUCGCUGUAAAAUAUCAUCCUACUUAAGCUUGAUCAGUAAGAGAGCAAGUGGUGAACUUAUGACCGGCGCCGCAUACAUCCGUCAAUUUGUCAUGAACCAUCCUGCGUAUAAAAAAGAUUCUGUCGUGUCUUCAGAAAUCACCUAUGAUCUUGUCAAGAGAGCUAACCAAAUUGCAACGGGCGAAUACCAUCCUGCUGAAUUAUUAGGAGAAUUCACUGCCUAAUAUUUUUUUUAUACUCACUAUCAUAAAAAACAGUGACAAAAAUAAACAUUGUGUUCACAAGAGUAAUCUGACAAUUUUCCGAGUAAUUAUUCGCAUUACCUGACAAACCAUUACCUUGAAUGAUUAAAUGAUCACCUCUAUAUUGUUAUAACAGGGUACACUGCCAUUAUUAA